CCUCGUUCCGCCACUUCUCCGCUUCUGGCACAAUUCCUGCAUACCGUUUCCAACGCCCGAAACCAUGAAAAUAAUGAGCAUCUUAGUCGUUGUCUAUCACUCUCGCCAGCCUCGCUCUUGAAUAACCCGCCGAUGAGGACUCUGAUGGCAGAGCUUCGGGACUACGAUCACAAGGAUUCGGUUGCAAGAGCGCUUGGUCAGGAUUGGCCCGGGUUCGUCGACGUUAUCGUAGCUUACUUGGAGUAUGUUAAGUCCGUACAUUCUGAGAUACACUCAAGCAUCGAGUGUAUGCUUGCCUGGUUCUUCAAUCUCAAGGAAUUCAUCGGGGUGCUCAAUCCGGUCUUCAACUCUGUCCAGGGGACCAUCUUUGCCUCCGUGAUUAAGGCCGCGUCUGCGCUGUUCGCCUCCUCUGCACUUCGAAUUGAUGCUCUGUCCGGGGACCCUCGCUGCCCGUGCUCGGAGGCUGCGAUGAACGUACUCCUACGUUCCUUCAACUCCACACUUGGCGAACGUAUGAUUGCCGCAGCAACAGCGCCGACAUUGCAAACUUUAGGAAAGAAAGCUGCAACAAUACGACUCGCCAAUGACCUUUUUAAGCUUUACUUCAAGGCAAUACCCCUCUUACCCUAAGCGGUUCUCUCCCUGUGCUGCGGUCAUCUCGCUGACUCGUUUCAAGAUGAACCAAAUUCGUCUCUGCGCCACUAUCCAUUCAAACAUCAAAACUGCCUCGAUCCCAUCCUAUUUAGACCUAUAUCCGAAGUCUGAGCAGUGUGCAUACAACUACUACCAUGGCCGCCAUUAUUUCUACGCGGAUCAGUUCGUGAGCGCUCUCAGCACUCUCGAACACGCCUAUGCGCUUGCUCGACCACGAGAUCAAAAACAACGAAAAAUGAUCGCACGCUACAUGAUUGCAGCCGCCGUAAUACUUGGCAAAUUUCCAUCAGACUCACUGCUGGCAAGACCUGAAUGUGCCGGUUUAGGGGCUAUGUUUCUCCCCAUCUGUCAUGCGAUACGUCUAGGAGAUUUCCGAGGGUUCAGGUGUGCGUUAGGUGACGAGGGCCCCGAUUCCGGCAGAAAGCAGUUUUGGAUUCGGACAGAGUUGUACCUGACACUCAAACUCAGAUGUCAGAUACUGUUAUGGAGAGGCCUUGUGCGGCGCGCCUUUUUGCUCACUCGUCCCGAGCAAACUGGGAUGAGAAAGAAAGGGCCUCCCACACUCGACAUGAGACAUAUUCUGACACUGGCAAGAUUUCUGCAUGGCCCAGAGCGGGUUGACAACCCUCUUUUCCUAGGAGAGGGUUUCCAUCGUGAUGAGGAUUCAGACACGGACUCGGACCUCGGGGACGACGAAACAAGUUAUUAUGGACUGCGGUUAGAAAUGGUGGAUGUGGAAUGCGCCAUUAUAAGUUUGUUGGAUCAAGGAUUUAUCAGAGGAUACAUUGCGCGUCAAUCGUCCGGGCCUGUACUUGUUCUGGGCAAGUCUGAUGCGUUCCCACCUGUUGCAGAGCUCUAUCGAGAGGAAAGAUUUCCUGAGGAGGAUGUGAUGGAAUCAGACUAUGAAGGAGGCCCUUUUAGUGCCCACGUGGCCCCGGCCGGUGGUAGUGGCGGUGGUAACGUGAUCCGUCUUAGUGGAGUCAAACCCAUUGGGUUCAAAGGUUGA